CGCACCAUUUCGCGGCUCCCGCUUCCUCCCUUCUCCAACUCUUCCUCUCGCACAACUCAAUCAAACCCAAACCUGCAUUCUCUCUCUCUCCCCCUCUCUCUCUCUCUCAUAAGAGAAAAUGAAAAGUUGAAGAGGGAAAAACAGGAAACAAAGGCAAAAAGAAGAGAUCAUUUUAAUAGUGGAUAUACUCUGUAUUUAGGGUUUGUCGGAAUCGCUCUCUGUCUUUUGACGGAGGUACGCAAAGGCUCGCCGGUUGUUCUCGGCGUAAGGCCUUCGGCCGACGUGGAGCGUCGGAGGCUGAAGGGCGAGGGGGUCGGUGGAGGAGAUGAGCGCGUCAAGGUUUAUAAAGUGCGUCACGGUGGGCGACGGGGCCGUCGGCAAGACCUGCAUGCUUAUUUCCUACACCAGCAAUACUUUCCCCACGGAUUAUGUUCCAACUGUUUUUGACAAUUUCAGUGCAAAUGUUGUGGUUGAUGGUAGCACAGUUAACUUAGGCUUGUGGGAUACUGCAGGCCAGGAAGAUUACAAUAGAUUAAGACCAUUGAGCUACCGAGGUGCAGAUGUUUUUCUGCUCGCAUUCUCUCUUAUAAGUAAAGCUAGCUAUGAGAAUGUGACCAAGAAGUGGAUUCCUGAACUAAAGCAUUAUGCGCCUGGUGUGCCUCAAAUUCUUGUUGGAACAAAGCUCGAUCUUCGAGAUGAUCAGCAGUUUUUCAUAGAUCACCCAGGUGCUGUUCCCAUUACCACUGCUCAGGGUGAAGAGCUGAGGAAGCUUAUUGACGCUCCGUCAUAUGUUGAGUGCAGUUCAAAGACCCAACAAAAUAUCAAGGCAGUAUUUGAUGCAGCCAUCAAGGCAGCACUUCAACCAUCCAUGCAGAAGAAAAAGAAGAAUAAGGCACACAAGGGAUGCUCCAUCUUGUGAUCAUUGAACCGAUGAACAGAAACGUGCCGCUGGUAUUCAAUCUCGAUCUUCUUAAGGUUGUUUUCUGCUUCGUGUAUACCGGGAGAGGUGACAAAAUACGGAACCAUCUCGCGAUGAUCGCUUUCUUUUCUGAUUAUGUGUUCGACUGGUUAGAGCAUGUAUCUUCAGAUAACGAUAUAACGUUGUGUCGGAAAUUGUUGAAAUCAGUUUUCCUUGCACAAAACCAUUAUUCUCCUUAUAUCCAAUUGCUUAAUUAGAUCUCUGUAAA